AUGGACGAUCCUGCAGAAGAGGAUCCAGGAGAAUCCCUGGAAGAAGAAAGCCCAGCCGCAUCCCCAACUGCUGGCCACACUGAUAACCAAAAAGAUGACAACCAGAAGAACCAGGAUCAAGGGGAGGAAUAUGACCAAACUGCCCAAAGACUAUCGGGAGAGCCUGAACCCAUCAUGUUUGACCAAGCUAACCACAAAGACUCUGAACACCUGGAGAACAGCCCAUAUGACCAGGAUGAGCUAAAAUCAUCCGAACAGACUGGUGACAAGACAUACGAUCAAGUUGAAAAUGUCGCAGAUGUGCUGACUGAUCGCCAGGUGCCUGGCUUGACUGAUCAAAGGACUUCUGAACGGACUGAAGGAAGCUUGUCUAGACAGGUCGAGAGAAGAGUUUCUGAACAGGCCGACCACAGAAUGUCCACCCAGUCUGAAAGAGGAGCUUCCAUACAAAGUGACCGCAGACUAUCCAGCCAGAGUGAGAAAAGAGCUUGGCAGACUGAUGAUAGAUUGUCCAUUCCACCUGAUCCAACAGUUUCUGGACCUGAUACCAGAACAUCUUACCAGGCUGAAAGAAAAACUUUGGAAACAACUUACCAGAGACUGUCUGAGUCAUCUGACCCAGGAACUUCUGAAGAGACUGUGGACAGUCUAACUGAGAAAAGAACUUAUAAGAAAAUUGAUAAAGCUGACUAUGGAACAUAUGUAACAAACCUCUACAAUGUUGACCACCAAGCCACUGAAGGAACUCAACAGCAGACGUUUGACCAAGUUGACCAGCUUAAGAUUGAGGAGGAUGACUUCGGUCAACCUGACCAGGCUGACUACCUGGUAGACAGAGAGGCUUACUUUAAAGACUACCUAUCUUCCUCUGUGUCUGAGUAUGGACUAUUUCCCCAGUUUGGUGAUGGCAAAGAGGGUCAAUACAAAAUACAGCCCUGCACAUUUGAGGAUAGCGAAACAUUCUUCAAAUCCACAAUUUCAUAUGAAAUGGAAACUGAAAGUAGAAGCCCUUUGCAAUCCCAGUACCCAAUUGAUACCAGAUUCACUGGACAUUUUCUAGAAAAAAACCAAAGCUUUUACCAAAGAUUGCCCUCCGUCUCAACUAAAUUGGAUGUCCUCAGUCAAGAAAAAAAUCAAGCCACAGGAAUCAGUACUGAUGAUUAUUCAGAGGAGCAAGCAAAGAGUUCUCAUAUGACCAAUCAAGGUGCAUAUAAAAGGAAGCCUCCUGGAGUUUAUGAAGAUCCUUAUGAAGUUUCACUGCAGUACAUGGAGAAGCACAACAUUCUGCAAAUAUUCCAGCAGAUCACUGAAAAUUUAGUCUAUGAAAAGCCAGAGGACCCCCUGAGUUUUAUGCUGUACCAGGCAGCGGUGGAAAUGAGUGAAGGUCUGGGGCUAACUCCUGAUGGAAGUGCAGUGGGAGAACCUAGAACUGGAAAACACCACCCCUACUGUCACAUGGAGGUCUCCUCUCCAGGCGCUGCUACCACAGGUGCUGCUGCCGACAACCCACCACCAGCUGCUGCCGACCUGCUGCUGCCGCCACCCGAAGGUCCACUGCCAGAGUGCCAGCAGGUUUGGUUACACACGCCACUUCCAUCUUAG